AGUCAGGGGCUGAACAAGGAAAUGAAGCGUAAUUUGAGGAAGAUGGAUGAGUCUUGAGGGCAACACCCCCUCACAUCCCUCUUAUGUUGCUUUACUUGCUUAUGAUGAGAGAGAGAGAGAGAGAAAGAGAGAGAGAGAGAGAGAGAGAGAGAAGGCAGGCAGACAGACAGCGCAUUGGUUUACUGGAGAUUGGAGGCUCCUAAGAGCUAUAGUACUGCGUUAAUCAGGAUAACAAGAGAGCAAGAAAAAUAAUCACUACUACAGAAAGCGGUAAACACAAGGAUUUAUACCUUGGAGGAGGAGGUGGAUUUGAGUUUUUAACCAGCUUUCUGCAGGCAUCCAUCAUGCAGAGACCGAGUGGCCAAGGGACAGCUUUUUCCAUUGACUCCUUAAUUGGGACUCCCCAGCCCCGGUCGGGGCACUUGCUAUACACAGGCUACCCGAUGUUUAUGCCUUACCGACCGCUUGUCAUUCCUCAAGCCCUGUCCCAUUCACAUCUUCAGUCUGGCAUCCCUCCGUUGGCCCCCCUGGCUUCAUUUGCCGGGCGCCUUACCAACACUUUCUGUGCCAGUUUAGGGCAAGGGGUGCCAUCCAUGGUGGCCCUCACCACGACGCUGCCCAGUUUUUCUGACCACCCGGAUAGCUUCUACCCACCCCAGGAGCUACCUGGACCACGGCUAACAGCUGACUUGACCGGCAGAAGACAAAAGAGCCCAGAAUCAGAUGAACUAUCUGCACGAGACAAGACUUCAGAACUUCUUAACUUCUCGGAAACUUUUGAAACUAUAACAGGUGAGACCAAAUUGUACAGCUCAGAUGACGAGAAAUUGGACGCGAAAUCAGCCGAGACACCUUGCAGUGACAGAGAGGAGGACAGUUCUGCUGACAGCGAGAACGAAAGCUUCUCUGACGGCAAUAACUGCGCUUCUUUAUCCCAAAAGAAUAAAAUUAAGUCUGGGUCUCAGGAGCCGCUACCAUUGGGGAACUCGACUGGGAAAAGCAGACGGCGUCGGACGGCAUUCACAAGCGAGCAGUUACUUGAGUUAGAGAAGGAGUUCCACUGCAAGAAAUACCUCUCCCUCACCGAGCGCUCUCAGAUCGCACACGCACUCAAACUAAGCGAGGUCCAGGUCAAGAUCUGGUUCCAGAACCGCCGGGCCAAAUGGAAACGGAUUAAAGCCGGUAAUGUCAACAACAGAACAGGGGAACCUGUCAGGAACCCCAAAAUAGUAGUCCCCAUUCCAGUCCAUGUGAACAGAUUUGCAGUACGGAGCCAACACCAACAGAUAGAUGGGAGCACCAGGCCUUGAAGAUUAUAGACAAAAACACUUGUUGUAGUGUAAACAACAGCGUAUACUGUAAAAAUCUAUUUGAACAUGGGGAUGAAUGACAAUAACAUUACAACAAACCACCAAACUCCAAACAGCCAAAGCGAACGAAGGGGAAUGAAGUAAUCAGCAUUGAGGGACUUUUUAAACAGCGUGGUCAAAGUUUAGCCUAUAUAGUUAAAUCAUAUAAUUCGAGAACACAGAGAACGAACAUUUUGUAACAUGUAAAAAGGAGUUUGUUGGGACAUUUUAGCUUGUAGGUCGGACAUCCUUUUAUAGGCUACUGUACAUUAAAAAAAACGCAAACGGUGUUUUAUUCACAUAGCCUACACCUUAAGAGCUGAAACAAACAAGCAAACAAAAACCUCUGCUGGACUUUUAAACGUGCUACUGUAGCCUCAAGUAUAGUAUUUCAUGACAUGGGUUAUACUGAGUAACAAUAUUUUACAUACACACACAUUUCGGAAAGGAAGAGAAGCGAAGAGUCUGGAAAGUAAAAAAUUAUCUGUCAGCUCAUAAUUA